AUGGAGUUGAACUUGAAUCAACCACUUGCUUUUGCUUAUGUUCCUCUUCUUCUUGGUCUAAUAUUCUCCAUUCAUUCUCCAGUUGCUCUUUGUUGUCAUGAACAUGAAAGAACAUCUCUCUUGACUCUCAAAUCCUUUCUAACUGAUCCUUCAAACCGUCUGUCAUCAUGGCAAGGGAAGAACUGCUGUAACUGGCAUGGAAUUCAUUGUUCUAAUGAUUCUUUACAUGUCAUCAUCUCGCUUAACCUACGAAAUCCAGACCCUGAAACGUUUGUACGCAACGUUGGCUCAUCUGUCAUCUCAACCUCAUCUCAGUCGGUUACUGCACGUAAUGGUACUUUAGCGACAAUCAUCUCAACUUCAUCUCAGCCGAAUAGAACUGCACUACAUGGUAGUUUAUCUCCUUUGCUCUUCAAUCUUGUUCAUCUUGAGUAUCUUGAUCUAAGUCAUAACAAAUUAAACUUCUCAAACAUCUCUAGCAAUCAGUUUACAAAGUUGAGAAAUCUUACUUAUCUUGAUCUCUCGCAUUCGAUGUUUUCAGGCUCCAUUACAACACAAUUUGCUAACUUAACUUCGUUACGUUACCUUGAUAUAUCGUGUUCAUCUAUUAUUAUGGAUUACUCAGCAUAUUCAUAUAAUUUUAAUAACUCAAAAGUAUCAUACAAGUAUGAUACUUCAUAUUUCUCCACAAGUUACAUAUCAUCGCCAAGUUUGAAUUGGUUGCAUGGUUUAGUUAAUCUUAAGGUUCUAAGAUUGAUAGGUGUUGAUCUUUCCAUGGCAUCUGCAGAAAUGAAUUGGGCAGAGCCAUUAUCGCUUCUCUACAGUCUUAGGAACUUAGAUCUCUCCGAUUGCAGUCUCUCUGGUCUAGUUUUUCCAGUGCAUGAGUAUCUUAAUCUUACGCGUCUAGCGUCGUUAAGAAUGGAUUCUAACUUCUUCAACUCUCCAAUUCCAGUUCAGUUUGCUAAUUUCACUUCUCUUUCAGUUCUGGACUUGUCAAACUGUAACUUGCAAGGUUCAAUAUCCCAUCUUCCUCAACUUAAAGAACUUCAUCUAGGUGUGAACCCAAAUCUCAAUGUCAAUCUAACUUGGUUUUUCAACCAACAAUGGCCAGAACUCCAAAUACUUUCGAUACGUUUAACGGAAGUGAAUGGGUCGAUUCCUAGUUCAAUAUCACACGCAUCGUCAUUAGUUUCUCUUGACAUGUUAGGCUGUGCAAUUCAAGGUUCUUUACCUGCUUCAAUCUCAAAUCUUUCACAAUUGCAGAAUCUAGAGCUCGAUCAUAAUAACAUUGCCGGGUUCAUUCCUCCUUCAAUCUCUAAACUCAAAAAACUUCAAAUUCUAUCUUUAACUCAAAACAAUCUACAAGGAUUCAUACCCGAGUCGAUAUGUGAGAUGUCUUCACUUCAGCAGAUUAAUUUGGGGCGUAAUAAUUUGACGGGAACGAUACCAAGUUGCAUUGGCAAGCUGAGGAACCUACAGAAAUUUUUUAUUGGCGGUGACAACUCUAUUGGGGGCAACAUUUCAUUGAUUCCUUUGAUCAACGAGUUAAACUUAACUUGGAUUGAUCUUGCUUCAAACAAUUUAACCGCCGAAGUAGAUGGAAACUUGGUUCUGCCUAAAAUUAGCCUGCAAGUUUUGCGUCUGCAAUCUUGCAAUUUGCAAGGGCAUAUCCCAACUUUCAUUUGUGAUUUGCCUCAGCUGGCUGCAUUGGAUUUGUCUCGUAAUAACCUGCGAGGAGCUAUUCCUUCUUGUAUCUUUGAACUUCAAAAUCUAUCUUAUUUAGAUCUCUCCAAGAACAAUCUUCAAGGUACAUUACCACCUUCGCUUAAUAUAACUCUUCAGUUUGCAUUUCCCACACUAAAUUUAGCGAACAACAAAAUUCAAGGUCAGCUUCCACUUCCACCUCAAAAAAUUGGAGUCUUUGAUCUGUCACAUAAUAAAUUCUCUGGUGCAAUCUCGGAUGAGAUUGGGCAAGCACUGUGCAGCAUUGGGUAUGUCUCAUUAUCAGACAACAAACUCUCGGGGUCAAUCCCUUCUUCUAUGUGUGCAAAUACACAUAAUUCUAUGAUGCAUCUUGAUCUUUCCAACAAUGAGCUAUUGGAUACAAUACCUUCUAGCUUCCAGUACUGCAAUUCUCUCAUUUCCCUAAAUCUUGGCAUGAACAACUUGAUAGGAAACAUUCCACACGAGCUUGAACGAAUGAAGAAUCUCAAAACCAUACUGUUAGAUAGCAACACUCUCAAUGGUACAUUUCCCACUUUUAUCCAACAACUUCAAGAAUUGGAAGUUCUCAACUUAGGGAACAACAAGUUUGGAGGUUCUAUCCCAAAUUUCAUAGGUACACUCCGUAAUCUCAAGAUUGUUGUCUUGAGGUCAAACGAAUUCAACGGAUCAAUUCCACAGGAGAUAACUCGUUUGCAUAAACUCCAGAUAUUAGACAUAUCGAAAAACAAACUCUCUGGUCAAAUUCCUAGUAAGAUUGGCAGCUUGAAGAUGCUAACAAGAAGACCCAGUAACAGAAUCUUACUUGGUGAAGAGAUAUCCUUCAUGUAUUCGGGGGUGGAACUCCAGAUUGUCACCAAAGGAACUGCCCAACACCUUGAGCUUGUAUUCAGUUAUAACUCAGGCAUCGAUCUAUCGUGCAACUUUCUUGAAGGAAACAUCCCACUGGAAAUGGGUUUACUGAAAGGGCUUGCAGUGCUAAAUCUGUCGCAUAAUAACUUGUAUGGCAAGAUACCAACGAGCAUAGGUAGCAUGAGAGGUCUGGAAUCAUUGGAUCUUAGUGUCAACAAAUUGUUUGGAGAUAUCCCAAUGUCUUUGACAUCAAUCGACCCUCUUGGGUACUUGAACUUAUCUUACAAUAAUUUGAGUGGUACUAUUCCAAGAGGAAAUCACUUUGAUACAUUGAGUUUAGAUGGUUCCGCUUACACUGGCAAUACAUUGUUGUGUGGUUUCCCAACAAAUAAGAGUUGUCAAGAUAAUGUUACGAGCACGGGUACUGAUGCGUCGCAGAACGAUGAAGACCAAGAGAAUGCAAGAGAGAAAUGGAUUUUAUGUGGUGUUAUUGCUUUAGGUUAUGCAGUUGGAGUUUGGGGUUUGGUUUUGGUUUUGGUUUUCAGAUGGGAUGCGUACUGGAGAUUUGUUGAUAUCAUGGUGGUAAGAACAGCUGGAUGCACCACCAGCUGA